AUGGCAGCAGCACAAAUAGCUAAACGAUUCAGCAGUUCAGAAUUGCUCAGUCAAGAUUCUGAUGCUCCCAACAAAGUGAAACAUCCGAAUACGAGCAUUUUCCAGGCUCACAAACAUCUAAAAGUGCAACACGCAGAGUUAUGCAACGACUAUGAUCAACUACGCAAGGCGUUCAUUCUGUUGGAGAAGAAGAAUGACGCAGAGGAGCGGCAUUAUAUUGGUGAAAUCGAAAAGUUACAAAAAGAGAAGCAAGCGGCCAUCGAUGAAUUUCAGUCGUAUACGGAGGAGAAAAAUGAGCAGUUGGGUGCCGAGCAGGUGAGGCUUCAACGUGAACUUGUCGAAGUGAACGCCACGUUACGUGAAAUAAGACGUGAGAACGAACGUGCUCAACUCGAAAUCCGCGAUGCCUAUGAAGAACAAAUCAAUCGGCUCACAUCGAACGCUCUCGCUGAAUCGAGAAAAUUAAGUCUAGAAUUCAAAUCCCUGAUCAAAGUUCCGUUCAGAAACCGUGACGAAUCUGGUGACAAUGAUGCAUUAACACUGGAGUUGGAGAUGCUUCGUGAACGUUAUCGUAUGCUGGAUGAACAGUAUCGCAGAUUGCAUGAGGAUGCCGAGAGACGUCAAUUUGAGAGUGAUACCAGGAUUAGGAAUCUGGAAGGUAGUCUAAUGGAGAGGUCAAUGCGUGCCACACGAUCAGCCAUUAAAAUUGAGCAACUUUCACUGGAAGUGGAAAAAUAUCGUCGUAAUUUGGAGCAUAAUAAUGGGGAAUUUGAACGCUUACAAGGAGAAGUUAAACGACUUCAGAAGGAUAAAUUGACCGUCGAAAGGGAGUCAAUGGAGCGAGACCAAUCUUUAACAGAUCAAUUGUUAACGCAAUCAAUGCUAAUUGAUAAAAAAUUGAAUGAGGUAGAAAAAGUAUCCGCAGAUAAAGAUAGUCUUAUCAAGGAGUUACAAUCGAAACUAUGCGAUACUCAACUCCAACUGAAAAGCCAAACUGAUUCUGUGAAAGACUCUCUGAAGGGGACUGAAGACUUGGAGCGUCAAGUUGCUACUCUGAGACAAGAACUGAAACAAAAUGAAAGCGAGUCAAAGCUGACAGUUGAUAAGUUGAAGUGGGAACGUGACCGAGCCAUUCAGAAUCUGGCUGAUUUAAGGUUUACUAACAUUCUUUCGAGUUUCAGUCAAAACUGA